AUGAUUACACAAGAACGGUUCCAGCAUUGGUUUUCGAAUGCUCGGAAGAUCUUCGAGCCCACUUCCAACAACGAAUGUAACGCGACUCUUGCCGAGUAUCGCAAAGCCUAUGCGAGUACAUCAAACCAUGUCGACAACAAUCUCGGUCUCUACAGCUCGCCGACAUACGCAACUUGUCGCGAACAUGUCUCAUGUAUCCUCGACAAUACGAGCGAGUAUAGCAAGGCAACACUUUCGACUGGAACUGCCCUCCUCGGUUUAAUGCCUCUGGUCCUUGUGGCGCUCGCACCGACUACAACGGAACUUGCACUGGUUGGAAUGUAUCGUCCGGGCCUAGGUCUGAUCCUCUCUGCAGCAUCACCCGCCGUCAUUGUGGAUCGUGUGUUCAGUUGGCAAGAUCCUGGAGAGCUGCUGAAACUAGAUCACACGGCUGGCGAUGUGCGCAAUCCGCUGAUCAUGAACAAGAGAGGCAAACGCGCCUCGCUAGUUCUCGGAAUCAUCCAGUAUCUCCUAGCUCUCGGUGCCGUGGGAAACACUGCCUUCCUCGUGAUCGAACUUUCUUUGAACGGAGUUUUAAAUUGGGGCUGCACGAUGACCUGGCCUCUCUAUGUCUGGAUUUCUCUACCGGUCAUGUUCCACAUCAUGGCCUGCGUAGGCUACUACCUCACGCUGGAUCAUUCGCGAAACCCCGACUCGACCGCCUACCUUCAAGUCUCAACCUGUCUCCCGUCCAUAGCUUCAGCAUCGAGUUUAGAGCCUCCCGUGCAGACUGGUGACAGCGGAAAGAGGCGACCUCAAUCGAAAAGGGCCGGAUACGAGGUUCGUGAAGUGGGCACAUCGAUAGCAUCACAAACGAAGUCCUGGGGAGAGCGUUUGCGACUGGAAUUCACGUCAACAGUGGGACAACUCAACGCGCAUUACCCCAGCAGGAACUGGAAGGCGCACAAUACUGAAGUUCGCAUCGGGCUCCUGCUUUGCAAUCUGUCCGGUUUCUUGAGCUUUUUCCAUCUCAUUUUCGCGAUCAUAUCGUUCUCUGGGCUACUGUUUGUUACUGCGAUUGAUGCGAUUAGCGAUAUUGGAAUGCGUCUCGCCUUGUCGGCCUUGGUUAGUCGUCUUAUUGUGCUGGUAGAGCUUGGUGGUUUGCGGGGGGGUCUUCACAAAGCAGAACAAUAG